UGUACUAAAAAAUAAAAGCGAAACUGACAUUUGUUUGUUUUUUAGGUGGUGUGGUCAAUUGACAAAUUUUUAUUAACAUAUUAUUUUUUAUACGUAAAAAAUGGAAUGGACUGAAUUUUGUUAAUUAGAAAUGUACCAAAUAUGUCUCUUAUAGAGUACAUAUUUAUACUAUCUUUUGUAAUCCUUUUUAUGGUAUCUGCUAGCUUAACAGAAAGUAAUCCAUAUGCAGAUGAACCGUAUCGACCUCUGGGGCCACUCGUGAAGUGCAACUUUUUACCUUUGGAUUUUCUCAAUUGCAAAGAACCUUUAGACCAUAAAGGAAAUCACUCGGCUAGAGAUGCCGCCGGCCACGGAUGCGUGAAAUUCGGAGGGGUUAGAUAUGAAGAAGUUGAACGAACUAAAGUGCAAUGUGAAGUCCUCAAUAACAUAGAGUGCCACGGACCUAGAACAUUCCUAAAAGAUGGGUUUCCAUGCGUGCGAUAUUCUGGACAUUACUUCACCACAACUUUAAUCUAUAGCAUACUCUUAGGUUUCCUAGGAAUGGACAGAUUUUGUUUAGGUCAAACUGGUACUGCCGUUGGUAAAUUACUUACUCUAGGAGGCUUAGGUAUAUGGUGGAUAGUGGAUGUUGUGUUACUUAUAACAAAUAGUCUACAUCCAGAGGAUGGCAGUAAUUGGAACCCAUAUGUUUAAUUUAUUAUACUUAAAAAUCUAAUUUAUUUUUCACAAUUCUGCUGUAAAAAAAUUUAGAAUCUUAAGUAUGUACAGAUUUAAUAAUUAUGAUUAAAAUUAUGAAAUAAAGGUUGUAGCAACUGUAUUUAUUAUUACUUUAUUAAAAGAAUUGUUAAUUA